AUGGCUUCUGAGAUUGCUUAUCAGAACCUCAAGACUCAUAUUCUUGAGAUUUUGAGCUUCCUCAAUUGCAGUGACUUUGGGUCUCCACGCAAGAGGAAGACUUCUCAGAAUCUUCUGAACAUGGUCAUAGGUGGUGUAACUUCUCUUCAGAACCUUGAGACCAGAUACAAGAGUUUGAAACCUUGUGAACAUGGUUUCAAUAUCUUCAUCUUGUUUCAUGCCGAAAAAAUUGAUGAACUUACUACCUUGGUGAAAAAGUUGGCAGUUAGCAAAGCUCAACCAGCAAAAGUAUGUGGUAUUUGUACUUCUUCUGAGCACCCGACUGAUACAUGCCCCAUUCUACAAGAUGAAACAAUAACUGAGCUUCGUCAAGCAUAUGCAGCAGCAGCCCUUUACAAUCAAAACAGGUACAACAAUCAUGACCUCUCCACCAACAAAUAUCACCCUAGUUGGAGGAAUCAUCAAAACCUCCGAUAUGGGAAUCAGUCACAAGCUGCAGCCCCUGCUGCCCCACCAGCCACUUCUUCAUUGGAAGACCUUGUCAAGCAACUGGUUGCAAAUAGCACACAACAUCAACAACGAACAGAUGCUAGCAUUCAGAACCUGACAACGCAGAUGGGACAAAUGGCCAAUGCAAUAGGCCAACUACAAGCCCAAGGCUCCGGUAACCUUCCUGCACAAUCAGUUCCGAACCCAAAUGGGAAUGUGAGUGCAAUUACUUUGCGAUCCGGGAGAGUGACCGAACCAGUUCCAGCUCCAGAGAAAAAGAAGAAGGCCGUUGCAACAUCAUCUGCUCCUGAACCUGCUGAACCUUUUGUGACCGCUGAGACUGAAAAAGCAUAUGUGCCACCAAUCCCUUUUCAUCAAAGGGUGCAGAAAAAUAAAAAGAACAAGGCUGAGGAAGACAAAGAGAUUCUUGAUGUAUUCAGCAAAGUAGCAGUCAACAUUCCUCUCCUUGACGUGAUCAAGCAGAUUCCGAAAUAUGUAAAAUUCUUGAAGGAUUUAUGCACAAACAAGAGGAAAGUAAAGGGAAAUGAGAGAGUUAAUCUGGGCCGAAAUGUUUCAGCCCUUAUUGAGUCUAAUGCUGCACUCGAACCUGUGCCUGAAAAAGCUAAUGUUUCAGCCCUCAAUCAGGCCAUGCCACAGAAAUGCAAGGAUCCAGGAACUUUUCUAUUCCAUCAUACAAGUCUUACUAUUCAGCUGGCAAACAGGAGCAAUGCUCGCCCUGUUGGAGUGGUGGAAGAUGUGCUAGUUCAAGUUAAUGACUUGAUUUUCCCUGCAGAUUUUUACAUCCUUGACAUGGCUGGAGAAACAGAGUCAAGCAGAUCGCCGAUCAUCUUGGGCAGACCAUUCAUGAAGACGACAAAGACAAAAAUCGACGUUGAUGAUGGGACCAUGUCCAUGGAAUUUGGUGGCAUUGUUGCGAAGUUUAAUAUUUUCGAUGCUAUGAAAUACCCUUUGGAAGAGCACUCUGUUUUUCAAUUAGAACUACUUUCUGAAAUUGUUGAUGAAUUUCAUUCUGAUUUGUGUUCAGCUGAUGAUUACUCAUGUGAUGCUUGUACCAUAUUUCAUUCUGAUUUGUGUUCAGCUGAUGAUUACUCAUGUGAUGAAUUUCAUUCUGUUCUGCUUUUCAUUCUCUAUAUUAGAGUGAUUUUAAAACCAUAUUUUGAGUUGUAUUUCUAG